UCCUCUCCACCCCUCACGGGGACUGUACAGAAGUCCCCAGGAUCCCGGGUCAAGCUGGACACGCUCCCAUCAGCCUGCCCACGACACACGAAGAUCAAAAACUGGGGCAGUGGGAUGACCCUUCAGGAUACACUCCACCACAAGGCCAGCGGGAGUGUUGCUUGCAAAUCCAAGUCUUGUCUGGGGGCUCUUAUGAACCCUAAAAGUUUAAUCAGAGGACCAAGGGAUAAGCCUACUCCGCCAGAUGAACUUCUACCUCAAGCUAUUGAAUUUGUCAACCAGUAUUACAGUUCCUUCAAAGAGGCAAAAAUAGAGGAACAUCUGGCCAGGGUGGAAGCAGUAACAAAGGAGAUCGAAACAACAGGAACCUACCAACUGACGGGGGAUGAGCUCAUCUUUGCCUCCAAGCUGGCCUGGCGCAAUGCCCCCCGCUGCAUCGGGAGGAUCCAGUGGUCCAACCUACAGGUCUUUGAUGCCCGGAGCUGUACCACUGCCAAGGAAAUGUUUGAGCACAUCUGCAGACAUUUGCGUUUUGCCACCAACCAGGGCAACAUCAGGUCGGCCAUCACAGUGUUCCCCCAGAGGAGCGAUGGGAAGCAUGACUUCCGUGUGUGGAAUGCUCAGCUCAUCCGGUAUGCUGGCUACCAGAUGCCUGAUGGCACCGUCCUAGGAGACCCUGCCUCUGUGGAGUUCACGCAGCUAUGCAUUGACCUGGGCUGGAAACCCAAGUAUGGCCGCUUCGACGUCGUGCCUCUGGUCCUGCAGGCCAAUGGCUGUGACCCUGAGCUCUUCGAAAUUCCACCCGACCUUGUACUCGAGGUGCCGAUGGAGCAUCCCAAGUACGAAUGGUUUCAGGAGCUGGGGCUGAAGUGGUAUGCCCUGCCUGCUGUGGCCAACAUGCUGCUCGAGGUGGGUGGCCUUGAGUUCCCAGGGUGCCCCUUCAAUGGCUGGUACAUGGGCACCGAGAUUGGGGUCCGGGACUUCUGUGAUGUCCAGCGCUACAACAUCCUAGAGGAAGUGGGCAGAAGGAUGGGCCUGGAAACACACAAGUUGGCCUCCCUCUGGAAAGACCGGGCGGUUAUUGAGAUCAACAUCGCUGUGCUCCACAGUUUCCAGAAGCAGAAUGUGACCAUCAUGGACCACCACUCAGCUGCAGAGUCCUUCAUGAAGUACAUGCAGAAUGAAUACCGGUCCCGCGGGGGCUGCCCGGCUGACUGGAUUUGGCUGGUCCCCCCGAUUUCAGGGAGCAUCACUCCUGUGUUUCACCAGGAGAUGUUAAACUAUAUCUUGUCCCCUUUCUACUAUUAUCAGGUGGAGGCCUGGAAAACCCAUGUCUGGCAGGACGAGAAGCGGAGGCCCAGGAGAAGAGAGAUUCCAUUCAAAGUUUUGGCUAAAGCCGUGCUCUUCACCUCAGUGCUGAUGUACAAAGUCACGGCGUCACGAGUCAAAGUCACAAUCCUCUUUGCAACAGAAACAGGAAAAUCAGAGACGCUGGCCCGGGACCUGGGGGCUUUGUUCAGCUGCGCUUUCAACUCCAAGGUUUUGUGCAUGGACGAGUACAAGCUGAGCCAACUGGAAGAAGAGCGGCUGCUCCUGGUGGUAACCAGCACUUUCGGGAACGGAGACUCUCCUAGCAAUGGCGAGAAACUGAAGAAAUCGCUCUUCAUGCUGAAAAAGCUCACUAACAAAUUCAGGUACGCUGUGUUUGGCCUUGGCUCCAGCACAUAUCCUCAGUUCUGUGCCUUUGCACAUGACAUUGACCAGAAGUUCUCCAACUUGGGGGCUUCUCAGCUCACCCCGACGGGGGAAGGAGAUGAGCUCAGUGGGCAAGAGGAAGCCUUCCGCAGCUGGGCCGUGCAAACAUUCAAGGCAGCAUGUGAGGCAUUUGAUGUCCGAGGCAAACACCACAUUCAGAUCCCCAAGCUGUACACCUCCAAUGAGACCUGGGACCCACACCAGUACAGGCUCGUGCAGGACUCCGAGCCUUUUGACCUCAACAAAGCCCUGGGCAGCAUGCACACCAAGAACAUUUUCACCAUGAAGCUCAAAUCCCUGAAGAACCUACAGAGUCUGGCAUCCAGCCGCGUCACCCUCCUGGUGGAGCUCUCCUGUGAGGGCAGCCAAGCCCCCAGCUACCUGCCUGGAGAGCACCUCGGGGUAUGCCCAGGUAACCAGCCGGCCCUGGUUCAAGGAAUCUUGGAGCGCCUGGUGGAUGGACCAGCUCCCCACCAAUCCGUGUGCCUAGAGGUCCUCAGUGAGAACGGCAGCUACUGGAUCAGGGACAAGAGGUUGCCCCCCUGCUCACUCAGCCAGGCCCUCACCUACUUCCUGGACAUCACCACACCUCCAACCCAGCUGCUACUCCGGAAGCUAACCCAGUUGGCCACAGAAGAAACCGAGAGACAGAGGCUGGAGGCCCUGUGCCAGCGCUCAAAUUACAACAAGUGGAAGUUCACCAACAGCCCUACGUUCCUGGAGGUUCUUGAGGAGUUCCCGUCCCUGCAGGUGUCUGCUGGCUUCCUACUCUCUCAGCUCCCUACUCUGAAACCCCGGUACUACUCCAUCAGCUCCUCCCGGGACCUCACCCCCAUGGAGAUCCACCUCACUGUGGCCAUGGUCACAUACCGCACCCGAGAUGGCGAGGGUCCCCUACACCACGGUGUCUGCAGCACUUGGCUCAGCAGCCUGAAGCCCCAAGAUCCAGUGCCUUGUUUUGUGCGCAGUGCCAGCAGCUUCCAGCUCCCCGAGGACCCCUCCCGGCCUUGCAUCCUCGUCGGGCCUGGGACGGGCAUUGCCCCCUUCCGCAGUUUCUGGCGGCAGCGGCUCUAUGACAUGGAACACAAAGGACUCCAGGGAGGCCGCAUGACCCUCGUGUUCGGGUGUCGCCAUCCCAACAAGGACCACCUCUAUCGGGAGGAAAUGCUGGAGAUGGCCGGGAAGGGGGUGCUCCAUGAGGUGUAUACCGCCUAUUCUCGCCUGCCUGACCAGCCCAAGGUUUAUGUUCAAGACAUCCUGCGGCAGCUGCUGGCUGAUGAGGUGCUCCGUGUGCUCCAUAAAGAACAGGGCCACCUCUACAUCUGUGGGGAUGUGCGCAUGGCCCGAGACGUGGCACACACCCUGAAACACAUACUGGGGGCCAAGCUGAGCCUGAGCGAGGAGCAGGUGGAGGACUAUUUCUUCCAGCUCAAGAGCCAGAAGCGCUAUCAUGAAGAUAUCUUUGGUGUGGCAUUUCCCUACCAAGUGAAAAAGGACGGGGUGGCGAGCCAGCCCAGAGAUCCCAGGCCUCUGAUGACUCACACAAGUUAG